AUGGCGAGCAAGGCCCACCUCUCCUUCCUGCUCCUCGCGCUCCUCGCGGCCUCCCUCGCCGGCCCGUCCGCCGGCAUAUUCCACAUCGUCGGCGCCGGCAAGGGGUGGCGCAUCGCCCCCAACCAGACCUACUACGCCGACUGGGCCCGCACCAGGGACAUCCACGUCGGCGACAAGCUCAGUAAGUUUGCUACCUAG